AUGGGUACUCGCAUCGUUCCCGUCCCCGCGCUCGCCAUCACCAUGUCCUCCACCUCCACCUCUGCUCUCGAUGCCAUGGAUGUUACGUCGUCCCCUUCAACUCUGAAUGCUGAACCAGAGACCAACGGCAAGUCCAUCAGUCGCCCGAAUCAUGCGCCGGGCAACGACCAGGUUCCAUGCGCCGCGCUUCCAUCGAACAUGCCUGCUCCACCUUCAGCAACAUCCUCGACGGUACACCAGCCCAAGAUUGUGCAGACAGCCUUCAUUCACAAGCUAUACAACAUGCUCGAAGACAGCAGUAUCCAGCACCUGAUAUCCUGGUCCAGCAAUGCGGAGAGUUUUGUCAUGUCUCCCACUGCCGACUUUUCCAAGGUUUUGUCGCAAUAUUUCAAGCACACCAACAUCUCGUCCUUUGUCCGUCAACUCAACAUGUAUGGCUUCCACAAGGAGCGCGAUGUUUUCCAUACUGGUAACCCGGACACGACGUUGUGGGAGUUCAAGCAUGGCAAUGGCAGUUUCAAGCGCGGUGACAUUGCAGGGUUGCGUGAUAUAAAACGAAGAGCUAGCCGGCAUGCCUUGGUUCACCGCGAGACCAACUUUCCCAAACCACCCUCGUCGCAGCCGGGCACACCUGCCGAACCAGUUCCGGUCCCUCCAGACACCGUCGAAGGCCGGCUUGCCAAUCUCGAGCACACGCUUUACGAUGUUAGUGCUCGCUUGCAGCGAAGCGAAGAGAGUGCGCACUACAUGCACGUGAGGAACCAAGCUACCGCAGAGACCUUGGCCCGCUUACUCCAUUUUACUCAGGAGCUAUCCCGGGCCGUGCUGUCCUUCCUCCCUCCUGACAGUGCUGUCCAUCGCGACGUCCUCACUCUGCAAGCAGAAAUGCAAAGACAGGCUGAAACGAUUCGCUCUCCCGACGAGCUUCACGAAGCACCCUUCGGGAGCCGACAACCACAAUACUUUGGCAACGUUGACAACACUCCCGUUUCGCCUCGGCAACUACCGCAAGACGAUACCAGACGUCAGGCAGGUGGAUUGACGGUGCCUCAAACGCAAGCUCGCGGGCAACCGCUGUAUCGACCGACGGUUCCUCCAAACCUGUGGUUGGGCUCGCGCCGAGCUUAUGGCUCCAUCGGUGGCAGCAGCAGUAGCACCACAACAACCACGGCCGCCACCACCACCACCACCACCACCACACAGUCCUCUCCUUUACGGAAUGCCGCGGCUCCGCCAGCACCAGGUCCUCCGCAUCCUCUUUCCAACGUUGAAACUCCACCCGCCAGCCUUGCUCGAAGGCAUACAGCCGCAGACAUCCGAGCUCACGGCUGGCAACCCGCAACCUCGCACUUUUCCGGCUCCAACGUGCCAGGUCCAUGGCCUCCGUCUCCUGGCCGGGGGACCCUCCCUGAAGAUCAGCGCAUCAGGGAAUCAAUAUCAACAUACUCACUACAGGCACCCACCCACUCGCACCCGCAAUCUCGCCCAACCACUCCACCUCACCCCCCUCCUCCUCCUCCUCCGCCGCCGCCGCCACCACCUCCUUGCCUGCCUCCCCACGUUCCCGCCAAUGGCGUCAGUAACGGAGCCGACGCCUUUGGUGGCUGGUCGUGGAACUUGGCCGGUAGCAGGGACGGCAAAGGGCUGCUAUUUAAAGACUCGUCUGCGCCUCCAACGCGACGCGGCAGCAUGGCCCACAUCCUAAACCCGAGCGAUACUGCCGAACGAUCCGAAGAGGACGAUGAUCUUCGAGGCGACGAUGACAGAAAACGAAAGCGAAUACAUUAA